AUGGCGAGCUGUAUGAAUCCCUCACAGCAAGCGCCUCAUCAGCUUGCCAUUGUCGGCCCAGACCCUGGGACCACUCGGGACCGCAAGGAAUCUCUCUGCUCAUGGGGACCGCUGAGUCUGCUGCUCAUGGACACACCGGGAAUUGAGACUAAUAUCGAAGAUGCGCCAUCCGAGCCAGUGGAACAGAUACGCGAACAAGUCGCUCGAGCACUAGCGCAGUCUGACAUAAUUUUGUUCAUUGUUGAUGCCAGGGAGGGUAUCACGCCAAUUGAUGAAAUGUUUGCAAGACAGCUUCGGGUACUCAUGGAAGAGCAACCGGCACGUGGAGGGCAAGCCCAAUGCCACAUCGAGCAUCAUCAGAGAGAGCCUUCAGUCAGUCCUAGCAGAUCUCCAUCAGUUAUUCUUGUACUCAACAAGGCAGAAGGGGUAAAGGGGGCGGAGUGCAUAGGGGACGCCUACGAACUGCAGCUGGGCCACCCCGUAGCUGUGUCUACAAGAACCAAGCAAAAUAUGAGAGAUGCCUCUCACAGAAAGGCGACUGCAACGGAAGCGUGGCUUCAGGGCUUGAGCCGACGAUACGGCCGCGGUGUGCAACCAACCUUAGCGUAUAAGCAGCCGUUGGGGGGCUACUUACACUUGCCUUGGUCACUAACGAAGGCAACGCUGGACGGCGGCCCCUCUGAAGGGCUCGAACGACCCAACGAAAAGCAGGAUGCUGGCGAAAAAGCAAGACAGAAGCACGAGAUGGCAUCUGGCGAGUGCCGAGGCGAUGAAGGGGUACCGCUGCACGACACUGGAGAGCCGGGAACCCUCGACGAAAUUAUUUCCCCUCCGGAAAUUCGACCCCUUUUGGCUCCGCAAGACGAAGAGAUUGAAGGCCCCAUUCGGGUAACUUUCAUUGGGCGGCCAAACGCUGGAAAAUCGAGUCUUAUCAAUUCCAUCUUGAAGGAAAACCGAUUAAAAGCAAGUGCAACGCCUGGUACCACCACAGACUCUAUUUGCGUUAAUUUUUUUUUCAAGAAGCAACAGAUGGCUUUAAUUGAUACAGCAGGUGUUACGAAAGGCUGGAAAAUGCGAGGAGAUGACAUGCUGCAGCAAGCUUCAUUGCAAACUAUGCGCAACAUCCGCAGUUCGGAUGUGUGCAUCCUAUGCCUUGAUGCCGCCCGUGUAGAGGAAACCGGUCACUUGAGUUCGCACGACUUGUCGCUAGCCAACUUGGCAACUGAGAAGGAGGGGCGCAGCCUGGUGGUAUGUGUUACGAAGUGGGACUUAGUGGAUCUGAGUAAGCAAAGCUACGUGAGACGGCUGGUACUCGAUCGCCUACAGACUGGGCUGGGGCACCUGAAAGCGUGCCCCGUGGUCUUCACAUCUGCCACGGAGGCGCAGAAUCUGAACACCCUGCUGAACAAGUCCUGUCUCGUGUAUAAGCAGUGGUGCAGCCGCGUUCCCACUGGCACUCUAAAUUCUUGGCUUCAGCAGUACACAGCCCACUGGCCCCCUCCGUGGAGGCUGGGGUCGCAGUGCCAAGUGAAGUACAUUACUCAGGUUCAGGCGAAGCCGCCAACGUUUGUGGCAUGGUCAAAUGUGUACGCUCACUUCCCAACGCACUAUAAACGCCAGCUGAUCAAUGCAAUCAGGGAGGAAUUUGGCUUGAAGGGCAUUCCUGUUCGCCUCGUGCUCCGAACAACUGCGAUGCCCAAGCCUGGAGCAAAGCUCACCAAGGCAGAAGCGCUCAAGUGGAAGAGAUUAGGACCUCAUCAGUAUAUGGCAGCAACAAAGCUCUCUCGGAAGUACGUGGUGAAGAAGAACGCACGCUAA